AUGGCCAGGGCCUCCUCUGUUGCUAGUGCAAGAAAUCCCCCCCCCCUGUCUGUCCCCCAACCCUCCCCCAAUGCUGUGUCAUCCAAGCCCAAGCUGAGGGCUUCUGGGGGUGAAACUAUUUACUGGGAGAGGUAUACCCACCUUACCAGAGAGCUACUGACUUGGCUAUGGGAAAAUCCAGCAGAUGAUGCCAUCCUAUUCAAUGAGAGGAGAGAUCAGAGUGCCCUGGGGAAUGCAAGGCCCCAUGCCUGUCACAAGAAAGACAUUAAUGCUGUUAUCACUCAAGUGAUCUUCUCUAAAGAUCUUGUAUAUGGGGCAGUUUAUGUGACCCAGACUGAGAGGUUUGCUUCAGCAGUUGGUAGCCACCUGGCAAGCUUGAAGGCCAAAUAUUGGCAACAAGCAUCAAGGUUUAAGUCCACCAGUGAAGGCAUUGAUCCUAACAAUCCAGCUUAUUCCAACCUUCUGGAGGAAGUUGUCACAGAGUUCCCAUUCUGGGAGGAAUGCAAUUGCAUGUGGCAUGGGAACCCUACUUAUGAUGCAAGAUUAUUCAAUCCAGCUCCUGGCACAAACUGGAUGGGUGACUUUCUUUCCAUUGUGAAUCAGGGUGGUACUACUGUGACUGUGACUCCUAGUGGCUCUACUGCAACCACAACUGUGACUCCUACAGUCACUGAUAUGCAAGUCCAACAACUGACCAACCAGAACAAUACAAUGGCAGGAGGCAAUCUAGAGGUUGAACCUUUCAGGAGUUUUAUGCUAAUCAACCCUCAGGGUACUUCUGGACCUUUCACAGGUGACAGCACAAGUAUCAGUGACUUUUCUAUGGGUGGGAUGGAGCAGGGGGAGGAUGAGGAUGAAGAGGGGGAGUGCCAGGUGGCAAGCUCUGAGACCUCUCAAACAAAGGGGAAAAGCAUGCUUACUCAGCUCAAGGCAGAUUUCAAUGAGUGGCUUGGUGAGUUAAAUGGAAAUUCCUUGGAUCAGCAGUGCCAGUUAGCUGCACUCAAGACUGAAUGCAAAGUGGUCAAGACCCAGGCUUAUAUGUGUGACAAGGAGAUAGCUCAUUUGGAAGCAGAGGGUGAGAAGGAGCACAGGGAGGCUCAGAAGAUCCACGAGCAUUUCAUGGAGAGAAAAAAGUUAGACAUACAAUACCUCAAGGAGGAAGGGGAGAAUCUCCAUCUCAGAGUCCAACUGGCAAUGCUCCAAGCUCAACCAACCUCAUCUUUGGACCCCAAGUCCCAAGUUUUCAAUGGCACCUCAUCCUCCUCCACCACUGCACCAUCUCUUUAUCCCACCUUGCCUUCCACUGCCUUUGAUGAUCUUGUUGUAGAUGCCUGA